AUGGAUUUUCAAAACAGGAAGUAUACAAAUUCAACAUCGACUUAUGACAAUUUACACACUAUCAUUCCCAACAAGAACCUAUACGAAGACCAUCUCGUGUUUAACUCGUUACCACUGACGAGGCACGACAUAGUGAAUUCACUUAUUAACAAGCCCGAGUUAAACCAGAGAAACGAUCCAGCAGAGAAAGACGCAUUAACGAAAGUCAAGAAAGCCGCUUGGGUAACACAAGACGGAAACAACCAAAGAGGUCAUUCUAGAGAAACAGAAUUUCCCCUACUGACCUACCCAAGACUAAGAUACUUCUUUCAGUGGCAACGAGAAGUAAAACUUUUGGUCGAGACGCACCAAAUCGGAGCACAGAACCAUUCGGCAAUACUAGCGCAGAUAGUCGACUCAAAUUUGCAAACAGUCAUUUACAAAGCUAACAACUUUGCGGAUCAGAUGAAAGCAUUACAGAAAGAGGCGAGAUAUAGCUUUAGAGAACAAGACAGAAUUCCUUGCGAGCAAAAUAAUUUUGUUUUCUUCAAAGACUAUAUUGCAGACGCAGAGCGAAGAGUACAGUUCGAAGACAUACUCGGAUACAAUGACACGUAUGAACACGUAGCAACACAUUCUUUAGCUAAGAUUGUAGCAGGAUUAGCUCCACUCACAAAAGUAGAGUUUAUUCGACGACAAACAGCCGGAGAAUCUUAUGGAAGCAUAUUUGCAGACAUCUGUCAACACGAAGAACAGAUAGCAGAAAGCACGCAGCAUUACAUUGCUUGCCGUAACAGGCUAAUUCCCCAGUUUCCAAACACACCUCAACACAGGGUAAGAACGGAACUACCGACAAAAACUUACUCGACAGCGUCAUCCAAACAGUCGAAACAUUCAAAGACUAACAAAUAUUGCUCUUUCCAUAAAGUCAAUACGCACAACACGGAGGAAUGCCGUAAAGCGAAAGAAUCGUCCGCAAGCGAGAAAUCAGCGGAAGCAAAAAACUAA